AUAAGGGGUUAAAGGUUUUGUGUAUAGAUGUUGGUGCUCCUGCUGGAGUCCGGGUGAAUCAGAGUGUUGUGUCUUUAAGGAACAGGUGGCUCUGAACAGUGACGCGUUAAUGGCACUCACAGAGGAGACAUGAAGGCUUAUGCUCUCUUCCCGAGCCGUAAACGAGCUGCACAAAGCCGUUAUUAAUGCUCCCUGGCCCUCCGUCGUGUCGCGUGGCGUCUGGAUAUGAUUAAUCAGGAAUAAACGUGUUGUUUCGGAGGCGUGUGACUGAUGUGUGCGAUGCUCCUGACGGCUUUACCCCAGUUCGGUUUAAAGGUUGAUGAACCUGUUGAAAUGCUCCCGAAAUCCAGAAAAGCGCUCAGCAUCCAGGAGAUCGCCGCUUUGGCCAGAUCAUCACUUAAUGGCAUCUCUCAGGUGGUGAAGGAUCAUGUGACCAAACCGACGGCAAUGGCUCAGGGUCGAGUUGCUCACCUGAUCGAGUGGAAAGGCUGGUCCAAGCCGCUAGAGCCGUCGUCUGCGACGCUGCAGUCGCAUUUCAAUUCCUACUCGCAUCUCAGCGAGGGAGAACAGGAGGCCCGCUUCGCAGCAGGCGUUGCAGAGCAGUUUGCUAUUGCAGAAGCUAAACUCCGAGCCUGGAAUUCUGUGGAUGAGGAGGAUGUGGAGGAAGAUUGUUCUGAAGAGGAACUUGCUCAGAAUAAUGAGUUAACUGUCACCACUCAGAGCUCAGACACUGUGCUGUCCAAUCAGGAGAGCUUGAUGCUGUGCCAGCCUGAAACAAACCACAACAUCAGUGAGGACUCCAGCCUCUUCCUGAGUCACUCAGACGGCCAUCAAAACUCAGAAGAACCACAAGGAACCGUAGAAGAAGUACUAAUCCCAGCAGACGAUCUCCAGCUACCAUCAGACGAAGUCCAGAAGCUCAAACGUAGGUCCUUCUGGAGCAGAGGUGACUCCUGCUACCACUCCGCCUCCUACUCUGAGUCCGGUUUAUCUCCAGAGGAAGAAGAGGAGGAGGCAGAGCAGGAAGGGGAACAGGAAGUAGAAACAGAGGACAAUGUCUUUCAGGAGGUGAUCUGCUGCUACAGCAUGUCUGAUACUUCAGGAGCAGCGUCCUUCGAUGACGGGGUGGACGUGGAGGACGGAGAAAUGUCCAGGCAGUGAUGAUUCUCUCUCUCUCUCUCUCUCCACCUUCAUAUCUUGGUACAUAUUGUCCCUUUAGUGACUCCUCAGUCUGUCAAUCAUCUGGACAUCUGGUGAAAGAUCAAUGGAAACGUUUAUCUUCUCUUUCAUCUCUGUUUUCUUCUUCUCCUCCUUCUCUCUUUCCGGUUUCACCACGCAGUGACUGUAUCGUCAUGGAAACGGGGGAUCAGAUCAGGAACGCUGUAGGAAAUCGUAUCACAUGAGGCGAGGAUAGAAAUUCUUCUCAUGACCUUUUUCAUUUUACAGCAUGGUGGAAAUGGGCAGCGUUACCAUGUGAAGGAAAUGAUGCGUUCCCCUCUCUCUCUCUCUCUCUCUCUCUCUCUCUCUCUCUUGUUUGCUUUUCUGCUCCACUGUGAAGUGAAAAGUUUCCUGUCGGCUGCUGAAUGAAAAGGUUUUCCGAGGCGGCGCGUCUCCGAGGCCUCGAGAUGCAGCAGGUCUACAUGGUAAUCGUGAUGGAACACUCUAGAACACGGACAGUAGAACCUCAUCGACGUGCAUGACGCGCCACAGUGAAGUUACACUCGUGAUUCAUAAUCAACGUGGCAUUAAUCUGUAAACGUGGCCUGGUGACGUCACCGUGUGUGUUCGUGAGUGGGACGUGCAAUCUUUUUGUUUGUUUGUUUGUUUGUUUGUUUUUUAACUCCUUUGUAUAAGAACCUGUUUGGGAAUUGCAUUGAUCACAUGACUGCAUUAAAGUGGAUGAGUGUAAAUUUCA